GGUCAGACGUGACUGUUUCCGGGUUAGAGGUCAGGUUCCUGGUUUGAAUCUGCAGACAUCAACAGUUUGAUGCGUAGAAGAAGAAGCGGACUGUUUUAAAUGUCUCUAAAUGUCCUGAAUGGAUGUUCUUUUGGACCGGUCCCAGGAGAAGGUCGUCCUCCGGGUUCCGACUCCUCGCAGGCAGGGGGCAGCAUGCAGGCAGAGCUGCUGAUUGGCUGGCAGCGGGAGAAGGAGGAGCUUAAGCAGGAAGUGUGUCGGCUGCAGGUGGAGCUGGCGGAGAGUCGAGCUGAGAGGGAGGAGCUGGAGUCAAGGAGCAGAGCUCUGAGUGACAGGCUGUGCCACUCGCUGUCUCCCUCGCUCGCCCUCUCCCUGAGGGUGGAGGCGGAGCAGAGGGAGUGGAGGAGGAAGGUGAGGGAGGGGAGGGAGAGGGAGGCCCGUCAGGCUCUGCUCAUCCACCGCCUCCAGAACAAGCUGUUGGAGUACAGAGAGCGAUGUCAGAGCCUGGAGCGCCACCUGGAGGAGGACCGGCUCCACACAGAGCGGAGGAUCAGGGAUGAACACAGCGGCUCUCUGGAGGGCGCCCUCAUCAGGCUGGAGGAGGAACAGCAGAGGUGUGUUGGUCUCCUCCAGCAGCUCAGCCAAUCAGAGCAGGACAACCAGGACCUGAGGAACCGCCUCCAGGAGCUCACGGAUGAUUGGACGAGAGCCGCAGAGGAGGCGGGGCAAAGAGAGAGACGGAAGGAGGCCCAGCUGAUGUCUGUGUGGAGGACCGUAGUGGACCUGAGGCGUCUCUGUCACACAGUGAGGACGGCUGCAGACAGGGACCUGCUGCAGCUCAGGGCCCAGCUCUGUCGCCUCUCCUCCUCUCUCCUCUCCUCCUGUGACUCCGUCUCCUCCUCCCUGAGACUACAGGCCUCCUCUUUAUCCUCCACGCUGCUCCUCCCUCCUCCAGACUCCUCUGCACCUCCUCCCAUCUCUCCUUCCACUCUAGGGACCUUCUCCUUGGAGGAGCUGGAGGAGGAGGAGGAAGGGAAGGAGGAGAAAGAGCGAGAGCUUUCAGAGCUGAAGCAGCGGGUGGAGGAGCUGACUCUCUCUCUCCAGGCCGAGUGCCGUCAGAGGGAGGAGCAGGAGGAGGAGGUGCAGCGACAUCGAGAAUCAGAGAGGAGCCUCCAGUCCGUCAGCCGGGCUGUGAUCAGACUGUCCAGGGUCCUGAUGUCCAGUGGUCGUCCUCCGAGUGUCUCCACAGACGGUGUCCUCAGCCUGGACCUGUCCUCUCUGCUGUCCGUCCUGUCUCAGGCUGAGAGUGUCCUCCACUGGACACACCAGGAGCUGCAGGGGGCGGAGCUUACAGCACGCCGUCUCCAGGAGGACAGGACGUCUCUGCAGCUACGCCUGGGACAACUGGAGGAGGACAAGACGUCUCUGCAGCUACGCCUGGGACAACUGGAGGAGGACAAGACGUCUCUGCAGCUACGCCUGGGACAACUGGAGGAGGACAAGACGUCUCUGCAGCUACGCCUGGGACAACUGGAGGAGGACGAGCAGAGGGAGAAGGAGGAGACGUCUACUCUACAUCAGCAGCUGGACGAGCUGAAGAGGGACAACGACAGACUAAGGACGGAGAGAAACAGACAGGAGGACAGGAACAGAGAACUGGAGACAGAGACUCACCAACGGGCUGGGACAUGUCUUCUGGAGAAUGUCCAGUUGUCAGAAAGAGAAUCUUGUCUUCGUCUAGAAGUCCAGAGUCUGAAGGCGGCGCUGGAGAGACAACAGUUGGACAAACAGGAAGCAGAAAAAGAAGCUGCUGAGGUACCCUUCACAAUAAAAGCUGGACUAGACCUUCACAAUAAAAGUCUCUGUCCUCAGUCUAGGGAGUGCGUCCUGCAUCUCUCGUCCUCUCAGAGUGUGAUGAGGCUGGAGGAGGAUGAGGGACGGACAGCUCUGGACAAGAUGGCCGCCCUGAACUCAUCUCUGGCCUCAGAUAAGAGGGAGUUGAACCAGCAGCUGCUGCAGCUGCAGGGACAGCUGGACGCCCAGAGGUCAGAGGUCAACGCUCUGCAGGGACUAGUCCGAGCCCUGGAGAUGGACAGUAGCCAGCUCAGGCUACAGAAAGAGGCAGAGGCUGAGGUGGUGCGUCAGCUGAUGGAGCGAGGGAUGGAGAUGGAGAGAAUGGUGGAGGAGAAGGACAGAGAGUUGUCCUCCUUGGUGGAGGAGAGACGCAGGGAGGAGCAGCAGCUGGAGGAGCUAAACUCCCAGCAUGCCUCAGCGCGUGAGGAGCUGAAGGAGGCGCAGGAGCAACAGAGGAAGUUGGAGGAGGAGAAGGAGAAGAGGGAGAUUCAGCAGGAGGAGCAGGAGAGAGAGCAGAGGAGGCAGCAGGAGGAGCAGCGAAAACAAAGGGAGCAGAUGGAGGAGGAGCUUAAGGAGCUCAGGUCUCUGUCGGUGUCUCUCCAGCAUCAGAUGAACCUCCAGCACCAACUCACCACUCAGUCUCAGAUCAACACGUUCAACACGACCAUCUCCACCCUGCAGCAGGCCAAGACCACUCUACUGGCAGGCCAAGACCACUCUACUGGCAGGCCAAGACCACUCUACUGGGUAUUCAUUCAUUCAUUCAUCUCCACCCUGCAGCAGACCAAGACCACUCUACUGGGUAUUCAUUCAUUCAUUCAUUCAUUCAUUCAUUCAUCUCCACCCUGCAGCAGGCCAAGACCACUCUACUGGGUAUUCAUUCAUUCAUUCAUUCAUUCAUUCAUUCAUCUCCACCCUGCAGCAGACCAAGACCACUCUACUGGGUAUUCAUUCAUUCAUUCAUUCAUUCAUUCAUUCAUCUCCACCCUGCAGCAGGCCAAGACCACUCUACUUGGGGAGGUCCAGUGUCUGAGGGCGGAGCUGCAGCGGGAGGAGGAGCGGAGAGGAGACGAGAGGAGGAGGAGACAGCGGUGUGAGGAGGAGCUUGAGGAGCUAAGGACAAGGAGGAGAGAGGAGCAGGAAGAGGAGAAGGAGGCCUGGCAGAGAGAGAGGGAGGCCCUGAGCGAGGAGCUGGGGACGAGGGACGGGGAGGUGGAGGCACUGAGGAGGCGCAUGGAGGGACUGAUGGAGGAGGUGGCGCAGAGGGAGGCUCACAUCAACCUCAUGAUGGAGGAGAGGGAGGAGGUGCAGGCCUGGAGGAAGAGGUUGGAGGAGAAGGAGGAGGAGGUGAACAGACUGAAGGAGGACAGGAAGAAGGAGAAGGAGGAGCUGGAAGUCAGGCUGAGAGAGGAGGAGGUGCAGAGGGAUGGGGAGGUGGAGGCGCUCUGUGACCGGAUAGAAAGACUAGAGAGGGAGAAAGAGGAGGUGGUGAGGAGGUUGGAGGAAAAGGAGGAGGAGGUUGAGCUCCUGAAGCUGAGGCUGAAUGUGGCCAAGGAGGAGCAGGAGGAGGUGAGGCAGGAGGUGGAGAGGAGGGAGGUGAGACUGGAGCGACAGAUGAGCGCCGUGAGGGAGCGAGAGGAGGAGGUGGAGCAGCUGAAGCAGCGCCUCCGCCUGGUGGAGGCACGGGAGGAGGAAGGAGAGAGAGAGCGGGAGGAGGUGAAUCACAGACUGAGGCAGAAAGAGGUGAAGGAGGAGCAGCUGGAGGAGGCGCUGAGGGAGACCCAGGCGCUCCUGGAGAAGGAGAGGAGGGAGGGAGGAGAAAAAGACAACAGGAUCUCCUCCCAGGACAAGGAGGUGCAGGAGGCUCGGGCUGAGAGCGAGAGAGAGAGGAGGCGCGCCAAGGAGAGGGAGGAGGUGAACGCCCGGCUGGAGGAGGAGGUGAAAGCCUGGCAGGAGAAGGAAGAGCAGACUGGGAAGGAGGUGGGGAGGCUCACCCACCUCCUCAGAAGGAGAGAGGAGGAGGCGCAGACACUGAAGAGCGCGCUGGAGGAGAGGGAGGAGGAGGCGCGGGAGAUGGAGGCACAGAGGAGAAGUGAGGAGGAGAGGAGGAGGAGGCUGGAGGAGAAACUACGAGAGGUGGCAGCUCUCAGGGAGGAGGUGCAGAGGGAGAGGGAGGAGGUGAGGAGAAAGAAAGAGGAGGUGUCUGCGCUGAGAGAGGAGCUGGUGAGGCAACAGGAGGAGGAGGAGGAGAUCCAGGCCACGCUGAGGAGCUCUGAGAAGGAGGUGACGUCGCUCAGGGAGGAGGUGAGGAGGAGCGAGAGGGAGGUUUCUGAACUUAAAGAGGAGGUGCAGAAGAAGCAAAUGGAGAAGAAGGAGGCGCGGGAGGAGCUGAUGAAGAGGAGAGAAGAUGUGAUGCGUCUGAGAGAGGAGGUGCAGGAGGAGAGGAGGAGGAGGAAGGAGGUGCAGGAGGCUGGGGAGACUCAGCUCUCUGACCUGAGGAAGGAGGUGAAGAAGGAGGAACUGAAGGAGGCGCUGGAGGAGAUGACCAAGCUGAAAGACCUCCUGCAGGAGAGCCAUGCUGAGGGGGAGCAUCUGAGGAGAACACUGAAGGAGAAGAAGGAGGAGAAACGUGGAGAGAAGGAGGAGCUCAGAGCCAGAGCCAAGGCCUUGGAGAGGAGGAGGAGGGAGGUGAUGGAGGAGCUGGAGGAGGCGCAGGAGAAGAGGAAGGAGGCGGAGGAGCAGUGUAGGAGGAGAGUUGCAGAGAUGGAGGAGGAGCAGGAGGCGAAGUUGAAGAGGAGAGAGGAGGAGGUGGAGAAGGAGUGGAGGUCAAGGGUGGAGGAGAUCCAGGCUGAGCUGAACCUCCUCAGAGGGAAGGAGGAGACGGAUGGAAGGAGGAGGAGGAGGCGAGACCAGGAGGAGCAAGAGGAGGUGUCUUCUCUGCGUCAAGAAAAGGAGGAGAUCCAGAAGCUGCUCCUCCUCAGAGAAUCAGAGGUGUACUGUCUCACUCAGAGGACAGAGGAGCUGGGGACAGACAGAGACCGUGUCCGAUUGGCUCUGGAUCAGACAGAAGCUGCUCUGAUUGGCUACAGGCAGAGAGCCCACCAAUCAGAGCACAGCGUGGAGACGGGGGCGGAGCCUCAGCCUGACCAGGGGGACAGGCUGAGUGUCCUCCAGCGAGUGGUGGCUGAACUGGAGCUGGAACAAAAACGUCUGAAGAAGAAGAACCGACACCUGGAGGACAACAAGGACAGACUGAGGAGGGACAGGGACGCUCUGAGGGACACUCUGAGACAGGUGCAGCAGCGUCUCAGUCAUCAGGUGAUUGACAGCAGCAGAACUCAGGAGCGUCCUGACACCACAGAAGAAGAGCAGCGUCCUGACACCACAGAAGAAGAGCAGCGUCCUGACACCACAGAAGAAGAGCAGCGUCUGAGGAGCAGAGUGAGGGAGCUGGAGGAGCAGGUGAGUCAGCUCCGCCUCUCAUUGGCCGUGGAUCAGCAGCAGAGGGCGGAGUUUAUCGAGCAGUCGUCCAGAAACAGCCAAUGGCUGCUCUCUCUGAGACAUGACCUCAGCGAUUCGCUGGCGGCCGUCACGCGGCGUCCCGUCCUGUCCGUGUUGGAGACGGAGACGCAGCGACUGGACCGCAGCCUGAGGGAGGAGGAGCUUAGGAUGUCCCUCAGCCACUCAUAGGCACACAUGGACCAAUCAGAACAAGCCAGGAAGUGAUUUUAAUAACUCAGAUAUAGAUCAGAUUAAAUAUUUAUUUUGUUUGCACUACUACUCCCAUGAGCCUCCAGUCUGCCCUGGGACUGUGUGGAGGUCAAAGGUCAAAGUUCAGGCAUGUGUUUGUGUGACGUUCAAUAAAACCAAAGGUGUU